AUGGAUGCACCUCCUUACUUCGAUGACCCAGGGGUAGAAGAUUUCCUACGAAGGGCUUUAAAAGAGGCUGACUACGAAGGGGAUAAUGUUUUUGUUGGGAGACUAUACAAGAACAAGGAGGAUUCUCUACCGCCUUGUAAUCUCUCUAACGCAAACGACGCCGUUCACGAGUCCUUCACUAACGUUAACGAUGUCUCCGAGGAUCUCUCGCCUAAAGCUAAGAGGUCAAGUACCGCUGACAACGAGAGCCUGAUCUCUAUCUUCGAACCAGAACUAGCGGGGUCUGGUCUUCUUCAAGAAGUUGUUGAAAGCUUCUUACCAAAACCUAGCUCUCAUCAUGCUUCUACAUUUCCAAAGUGCAACCAACCUUCGGUUGGUGUAUUCCCGACUAUGCCGGAGACAGGUUUUCAGACAGAUCUUGGUUUACCCAACGUCCAUGUCGAAGGAAACGGAUUUGGUGAGGUGAAAUAUCACGGAGAGUUGGGUUGGGCUGAUCAUGAGAGUGGCUUUGAUUCAGCUACGAUGCAGUACAACGGAAAUGUUGGAAUGCUUUAUCAGUAUUGCUUUCAUGAUUAUUAG